CAGUUAGCUAGAAAUAUUCUCAUAUUGGACACAGGUUAUCUUAUAAAACACACCAUGGCCCGCGAUAUUAUCAUUAUACCAAUAAUGUCAUCAUCGUCUAUAUUUACACUUUGUCUCUCUACCUUUGAUCAUAUUUUAGUUACCUGUUUACCUGUAUUAAUCUACCUGAGUUACCUGUGUGUUAAACUUUUAUACACGCCUGUAAAUAUCAACUUUAAACUUUUAUUUCAUGUGUUAGGUAUCUCACUCUCUACUUUCUUUUUACCUUGUGUUUUUACACCUGGAUUCAGCCUUAUAAUUAACCUUUGUCUCGGAAUUUACCUCAUCAAAAAAAUACCUAUGCUCUGGUUACCUGCUGAUGGCAAGGCUGUUUUAAUUACAGGUUGUGAUCAAGGUAUUGGACAUGAACUGGCUAAAAAGUUAGAUAGUCUUGGUUUUCAAGUCUUUGCUGGUUGUUUAUUUAAAGACGGAGCAGGAGAAAAGGAAUUAGUAGACUCUUGUUCCAGUCGCCUGCAGACAGUACAAUUAGAUGUUAGAGAUACAAUGCAGAUUGAUUUGGCCGUCAAGGAAGUUACGUCUGCUCUCGGCAACAACAAGCUAUGGGGUAUUGUCAACAAUGCUGGGAUAUGUUACAUUGGCAACGUGGAAAUGAUGACCGUUGAAGACAUGCAGAAAAUUAUGGCAGUGAAUUAUUUUGGUCCUGUAAAUAUCUGCAAGGCGUUUUUACCUCUUCUUAGACGGAGUAAAGGUAGACUAGUUAACAUCGCUAGUAAUGCAGGUCUGGCGCCGAUACCUCUGAUGGGAGUAUACUGUGCAUCUAAAGCUGCUCUAGCCAGUAUGACGGAGGUAUGGAGAUAUGAAUUACAGGCAUGGGGUAUUAAAGUUUCCAUGAUUAUACCUAGUGGUUAUAAAACAGGUAUUUUAAAUUAUGAUAAAGUUCAAACAGCAGAAAGAUGGUGGACAGCUGCUAACGAUACAGUUAAAAGGGAUUAUGGGAAGGAAUGUUUUUAUGUCAAAUUCAAAAUGCCAGAUCAUGAAAGUGUCCUCAACAGUGACUUAACCUCUAUUUUAGAUGCCAUGGUGGAUGCUCUUUUAUCUCACGAUCCCCAGCCAUGGUAUUAUCGUGGAUUAUUGUCUCGUUGUCUCCCGUUUCUAUACCUACAUCUACCUACCUUUAUUGGUGAUCAAAUUAUUAAAUUAAUGGCCGAUUGGUUUGAUUUCAUGCCUCAAGCGUUAAUUCGUGACAGUAAAACAGCGUGAAUGAAGGGAAGUUGAACAGUCAAUUUCACCAUAAUAUUUAAUGAACACCGUCUGACAGCAAUGCAAGAUUUGAGCGAGACCAAAGUGUUUAAAUUGUGGGGUCUCGGUCAUUUUUAAUUUGAAACGUGGUACUAGAUGAAUAUACAGUUUACAGAUAUAUACUGACAAUACAUGUAAACACCGGAUACAUUGUGUAUAGACAGUUAUAUACACUGACAAUAUAUAUAUAUACACUAUAUACACUGCCAAUACAGGUAAACUCCAGAAACAUUGUGUAUAGACACUGCCAAUACAGGUAAACACCAGAAACAUUGUGUAUAUACACUGCCAAUACAGGUAAACUCCAGAAACCUUGUGUAUAGACAGUUAUAUACACUGACAAUACACAAACGUCAGUAAGGUGACAGACAUACACUGGUAAGCUGAUACCGGUGACUUAUAAACCUAGGCCUUUUAGUAAUGGCAAUUUUUGUCAUUAAAUGACUAAGUGGUCAGUAUUCUAAACUAAUGUUUAGUAUGUAUAGAAAGUGGUUAGAAAUUAUACAGUUGUCAUUAAUUAGUAGGUGUGUAACUAGCUGUAAAAGAUGUCACUACUGGUGUAAAAAUAUGACUAUUUAUAACACCCAUCACUAUUGAAUACACAAACCUGGACAAUAGUGGUGUAUAUCAUUCACCUUAAUGACGUAACACCUACUUAAUGACUUCUGUCUGAUUACUAACAAUUUUAAUGAACUAAUAAACAUUAUGUAUAUAAAAUGAUGUCUUUGA